UUUACAGAUAAGCACCUUUUUAAAGAAAGAAUUAUCUGUGAGAACAUUUUUUGACGAUUCGAAAAGAAAUGCGCCACCUGUGAAAUCGAUGUACCUUUUUGUACUAAGCCACUGUCGAUAAUCCCUCUAUUUAUAUCGCAUGAAAAUGCCGUCCACGAGUAAUCUAUCUUAUACUUCAUACGUGGUUCGUGGUAUUAUUCAAUCUGUUGAGCAGUCAGAUUUGGUAUGUGACUGACGAAGCAUUUAGAUAACAAAUUUUAUCUCGAUAUGUUUAUGUUUUAACAAUGCUUGAACGAUGAACGAUACAAAGUAGCUAAGCAGAUCGCAAGGCAUAAAAGGUUCUGAGACAGAUGGUUUAUCAACGAGGAAAUCAGAGGGAAGGAUCCCCACACUAUGUUUUGUUGUAUUCGGAUGAUGAGAAUAGUGGAGACGAAGAAAACAUAUCCUUGCAACCUCGUAGUAGGACUACAUCAUUGCCACGUAAAGUGGAAGUUAUAACUGUUCAACUUAAAGCAGAAGAUACGUUGCAGGCUUUGGCACUACGAUAUAGAUGCACGAUAUCAGAAUUGAAGAGAAUUAACAAGAUUCAUAAAGAGAAUGAAAUAUAUGCAAGACGCUUCAUAAAGGUACCUAUUCAACCAUUUUCUAUCUUAACUGAAUCGCUCGAAAACAAUCAGAGUGGAUAUACAGACCAAAGUGAAGUAAGCAUACCUACAACUAGUAAAGAAACAGAAUGUACAGUAACAACAAAUCUGUUAUUAAGAGAUACAAUUGUGACUGAGUUGCCAAAAGCAGAAAUCAAUACAAUUAUAUUAAAUUCAGUGUGUGAACCUUUGUCAACGUAUAACAGUUCUAACACUCUAGAAAUUGCUAGUUCAGAAAAUGAUCAAUUAAUUACCACGACAGAAAGUGACACACAAAACUCUCAUUUAACAGACGCGUUUAAAUGUUCUGGUGAUGAUUGUGGAUUAUCCUGGACACAACUCCUUGGAUUUUCCCUUUUAUUAGGUUUUGCAGGUCCUAUUAUAUACAUACUUUACAUAGCUGAAUUUUCAUCUAAAAAUCAUUCAGCUGCUAAUCACUAGUAUUCCACUGAGGAAAAAUAUAGUACAAGCUGCUAAAUUUGCAGGAUGUGCUGUCUUAAUGUAAGCUUAUAAAAGACUAUUUUAAUUCAAAUGAGUGAGACUGUAUUAACAGAUAAAUUUGGAAUCUCCAAGUAUUUGCCAUUACCAUGUUAGUACUGGCAUAAAUAAAAUACUUAGCGAGUAACGUGAUACUCUAAGUAAAUGAAAAUUAUAAGGUACUGUUAAACAGCAUAAUACAUUGUGCCUUUGUGAUUAAAUAUCUGUUUGAUACAUUAUAGAAUGGUCUUAAAUGCAUAUGCUAUUGCAUAUGCAAAUGAGUAUUACUGAGCUUCGGUUUUUGUUUCAUUGAUCAUUAAAUGUGAUUUACCAUAAACCGAGAUUGCCAAAGAUGUAUUCAUUGGCAUUUGAAUUAUAUCAAAAUAUAUUUAUCGUUUUCAAGUGUAUAAGGCUUUAAAAGAUUGCGUAGUUUAAGUAAUUUUUAAUCUUUCUUUGUAUUAAUGAUACUAAGAAUGAAUCCAUUGGGAGUAUUUGAUAUUUGCGAUCGAUUUAUAUAUUUGACAUCCAAUGCUGUUGUUACAUUGACUAAGUGUAAGUUACUCUCUUAUUACAGAUAGUGAUACUAAAUAUGAAUUUUGAUAAUAUUUUAUUACGAAGCUGUUAAAAUUAUGUAUAUUAUGCUUUUGAUAAGACAACUGUUUUUUCUCGUUGAAAUUUAUAAAAAUAUAUAU